AUGCCCAACCUCAACCUCUACGUACCCCCUCAACCGCUCGAAAGGAAGGCUUACCAUCUCCAAACUCCAAAGGAGGAGUAUGAUCUCAACUUUGUCUUCCCCGUGCCGGAGUACUUGCAGACCGAGGGUGGGGUGAGAUUGGUUCCGUUGGUGGUGAGUAUGCGAUUGGGGUGGGGGUGGGGGGCACUCGAGUCGGAAAGGAUGAAGGCUGAUUGUUGAGAUGGAUACAUGUCCCUACUAUUUCCCCCCUCCCCCCCCCCCCCCCCCCCCCCCCCAUCAAGCCCUCGGUCCACGCCCCAGUCCUCUUUCCCCUCUUCUCUUCCCACCCUUCAAUGAUGCGCUACCUCCCUUACACCUACACCACACUCGAAUCGUUCCUCACCUUCCUCGAGGAACGUAGAACCGAUCCGGGCACGUUGUUAUGGGUCGUAUAUGAUUUAUCGUUAAUCUUGGUCGACGGGGAGCAGCGUGGGCGUGCUGAGUUGGAGGUGGUGGAUGAGCAGAGCAAGGAGAGGAUCGCGGGUAUGGUCGGUUUGUUGAAAUGUAAUGAUGAGAAUAGGUGCGGGGAAGUAGGGUGAGUGGUUUUGAUUGAAAGAAAUUGUGGGCGGGAGUUUCGAUAUGUCAAAAAGAGCGAGGAGUUGAGACUGAAAAAACUUUUCGAUAUACUUUUCCUUUUUCGCAAUCCCCCCCCCCCCCCCCCCUCCACCCCCUCUUAAGACAUCUCGCGAUCUUACCACCCUUUCAUAGAUCACAUAUCAAUACCCAUGCUUGUUCGCUCCUCAUCCGUUACUUGUUCGACACGGUCCUACUCCGUCGCGUAUGCUGGUUCGCCCACGCCGAUAAUACACCUUCGGUCAAUGCCGCGCUCAGGUUGGGGCUCAAGAAGGAGGCCUUGUUGAAGUGGGAGAGAUGUUUGGGCAAGGGCAUGGAUGGCAAGCAACUUGAGGGGGUUUUGGAAGGGUUGAGGGAAGGAGAGGAGAAGGUGGGGAGGUGGGCGGGAAGGGAUUCGUACAUUUUGGGAAUGGGGUGGGAUGAUUGGAGGUCCGGAGGUUCAGAGCUGAUUGAUGGUCUGCUCAGUAGGGAGGUCAAGAAGAGGACGCUGGGCGAGUUGAAUGGGGCAAAGUGA